UGACCCAGCACUCCCUGGUGCCUUUUUCGUAAAUUAAAUAUUUAAAACGCAUAACCGUAUUAGAAAAACCUCAUUGUGUAUAAAGAAAACGUUUUCUGCAAAAUUGAAAUAAAAAAAAUUGUGUUUAAAAUAAUAAAAAGAAUGACCCGAAAUUGUGCAGUGAAAUCUUGUGGUCAUCGACAAGGUAGCAAAGUAAAACACGGUUGUACAUUUUCAAAAUUUCCCAACAAUAUAGACAGAUGUCGGAGAUGGCUUCAAGCUUUGGGAGACCACGAUCUUCUGGGUUUACCUUUCGAAAUUUUAUCCAAAGAUCGAUUUGUAUGUAGUUGUCAUUUUAAUGAUGACGACUACAACAUCACCAAAAACAAAAAACAAAUCAAACCAGCGGCAAUUCCCAUCAAGUUUUCAAAUAUCGUUGUACCAUUGACUGACCAAGAAAUUCUGGAAUUUCCUCCCAGUAGUGGACAAAUAAUUCCGAGCAUACGGAUUGAAAUACCAACUUCUGAAAUGUCUAGUCUGAUACAGCCAAAGAAGUAUGGAGUAUUAAACUCAAUUUUUAAAAAAAACUACGAGUGUAAAAUAUUGGAAGAACUAGAUCCUGUUGCAAACGAGAUACCAACGUCGAUUGCUUGUGAUACUGCUGAUUUACAGGAUCAGAUUAUGCCAAUGGACUCAUCAACUGAUAAUGAUUCUUCGUCACGAACAUUAUCAGUACUGUCGCCAUUAAAUUCAGAAAGUUUAAAUCAACGAGAAAAUUGUUCGAUUGACAAAUCGAUUGCAUGCUUGAAACGCCGACGGCAUUCUUUGUAUGAGCUAUCGACUUCUACGGAACAUGAGGCAAUUGAUAUGAUUUCGAACAAAGAAAAUUUUGAACUACGCACAUCUUCAGAUGAUUUGAAUCACAGACUCCAGUACCCGUCGGAAAGUACCAUUGGCAAAAAGAAAAUCACUACUAUUCAGGGACAAAUAAAUAACUUGAAAAAGAUAGUAGUGCCUCGUCAGCAAUGGUUAUUAUUUAAAAAAAUCAAUCAAACACUAAAUAACUUGAAAGCACCAGUAGCACAGGAGCUAUUGGCACAAGUUGAUAUGAUUUUAACAAGUUAUAAAAAAAUCUGAUA